AUGUCGUCGCAAGCAGAUUACAAGGACCGCCAGUUUCUGGCUGUGAUUGGUGACGAGGACUCUGUUACGGGAUUGCUGCUCGCUGGCAUCGGGCAUGUUACGACCGGUGGUGACGGCCAGAAGAACUUCCUCGUCGUGGACAGCAAGACCGAUACGCAAGCCAUCGAAUCCGCCUUUGAACGGUUUACCGAAGAGCGCAAGGAUGUCGGCAUUGUUCUGAUCAACCAACAUAUUGCCGACCGCAUACGUCAUCGUGUCGAUUCCUACACCGCGGCUUUCCCUACAAUUCUUGAAAUCCCUAGCAAAGACCACCCAUACGACCCUGAGAAGGACAGUGUAUUGAGACGUGUGCGCCGUCUAUUUGGCGAGUAG